AUGGUUGAAACUAUGCAAGAGCCCGAAUCACAUCAUCAUCACUCUCAUCAUCAUCAUCAUCAUAAUAAAAUAAAAUCUAUAUUAAGCUCUCAUUCAAUGAAAUUGGUUUUCUCUUUUCUUGGAAUAUUCGUUGCAUAUCUUUUAUUUGGAAUUAUUCAAGAAUCAAUAGUCAAAGGAAAAUACGGAGAGCACGAUAAAUUUACUUACAUUAUAUCUUUGGUUCUUUUUCAAUGUAUUUUUAAUGCGGUUGUAUCGAAAACGAUACUUGUUCUACGAAAAACUCCUCAAGAUUCGACACCGUCAAGAAUGUAUGCAUUCUCUGCGUUUACAUAUUUAUUUGCAAUGCUUGCAAGUAAUUUUGCUUUAGAAUUUGUUAGCUAUCCUAUGCAGGUUCUGGGAAAAUCGGUUAAACCUGUACCUGUGAUGCUUUUGGGUGUGCUAGUUGCAAGAAAACGAUAUCCACUAAUGAAAUACGUUUAUGUUUCAUUGAUUGUUAUGGGCGUGGUUUUGUUUAUGUAUAAGAAACCAAAAGAGACAAAUACAGUAGAUACAGGAGAUUUAAUUGGUAUUGGCGAAUUUCUUUUAUUCGUUUCACUCGUAUUCGAUGGUCUUACAGGUGGUAUACAAGAUAAAAUCCGCGAUAAAUAUAGAGUUCAAGCUUAUCAUAUGAUGUAUUCUAUGAAUAUUUGGUCAUGUCUGUGGGCAUCUAUUGGCAUUUUAGUAACAGGUGAAAUUUUUGGUUUAUAUAUUUUUCUCACACGUUAUCCUCAUGUUAUUGUCGACAUGUUUUUACUCGGUCUUGCUGGCGCUGUUGGUCAAAAUUUUAUCUUUCUUACCAUUGAAUGGUUCGGUCCAUUGACAUGUUCAAUAUUUACAACGACACGGAAAUUUUUUACCAUUCUGUGUUCGAUAAUUAUCUUUGGUAAUGCCAUAACCAAACAACAGAUGCUCGGAACUGCAUUGGUGUUUGUCGGCUUGUUUUUAGAACAAUUAUAUGGAAAGAAGAAACAUAACUAG